AUGAGACACGAGAACAAUAUAAUAACGUUUUACGUAGCAAUAAUAACAAAGCACAACAAAAGAAGAUGGCAUUUUUAGAAAAGAAUUUAGAACAACUAACAAAUGUACAAAAACAACUUGUUGAACAAAAUUCAUCAUUAAAGAAAGAAGUGGCUAUCGCUGAGCGGAAACUUCUUGCACGUAAUGAACGUAUUCAGGCUCUGGAAGCCUUAUUGCAAGACGCACAAGAGAAACUUACCACACAGAAUCAAAAAUUCGAGGCGCAGUUACAAGCCGUACGUGAGCGAUUAGAACAAGCAAGAACUCAAAAAUCUGCAGCAUCAUCUACACUCGCUGAACUUCCCUUUGGCCGUAUUGCUAAACCUCUUCGAGGUGGUGGUCUACCCGUAUUUGAAUCUAAUGGUUCGGAUAAUUGUGGAACUCUACCGUUG